AGGAGUCGCUCGGCCCUCAUGGCCGAUGUGCAGCCUCGGUUGUGCUGGUUGGUGGACCGCCUGUGGCGCGGAAUCGGUGACUUUCACAUGACUGGGCGUCCGUCCGCAGCCUCUUGCCCAUGCCUGGGGCUUCGGUGGUCACCAGCACCGAUCGCGAAACCCAGCGAGAUUGUCCCCAGCGAACAUCUGCCCGAUCGCAGGAACAAGCGCCCUCUAUGACAGCAACCCUGUGUCGCCGCUGGCUCGUAGCGACUGCCUCCAGCAAUGGCUCGGCCGUGCCGGUGCUGUCGACCCGGGCAUGCGCGCAGCGACUCCCUUCUGCCCUGGCCGGUCGGCUGCGAUGCUACUCUUCCGACCCCCGCGACCUCCUGAAUGCAUACCCGAUCAUUCUGCCGGGAGCAGCGAACGAUGGCGAUGGAAUUGACGACUUUGUGCCGCGCAAGUCGUCCUUCGAGCCCCCACGAAAGCCCAAGGCUUUGGCAGAGAGCAAUCCGCUCCUGUCCUUCAUUGAACGAAACGGAUUGAAUCCGUUGAAGAGAUUCAUGUCCAAAGCGACCACCCUGCGGGUCGGCAACCGUCACUUUUCCGAUUCGGAGCAGCUGGAGGAUCAGUAUUUCCCCGAAAAGUUCCUCAAGGGCGCAGUUGGAUGUCUUCCCCAGAUCGGCCAGGCGCUAUCGGAUUGGAGUGGCCAGGGACACCAGGCCAGCUCGCUGUUUGCCCCGGCCCUGUACCGCAAGCUGCAAGCUUGCCACCACGGAUUCGAUCAGAUGGACUUGGUCGCCGAGAUCUCGAUCCAGCCGCUGGGCGAAGGCGACAUUCGAGACUCGUGGAUCGUCUUUGGAUCGCGCGAGACAGCCAGCUCGACACUCCAGCACGGCCCGCUCGUCAAGCGCUUUGACUCGAUGACUUACAGUCGCAAGAUCGACAGCGACCCCAGCCAUAUCAUCUAUCGCGAGGUAACGCUCGAGUUUGUGCUCAACGCAAACGAGUACGACGGCGGCCGCCUGCCCGAGCUGGAGCUGAAGCUCGAGCAGAUGAAGAAGGGCUCGACCCUGGGUGUGGAUCUCGUCACCACUGUCGACCUCGAGUGCGUCUUCCGGAUCAAGUCCACCGGCGAGCUGGCCUACCAGGCAAAGUCGCGACGGCCGUUCUGGGUCCGCUUCGAGUCAGGAUACUUUGGUCAGGCCGAAAAGUGGGAUGGGCAGUGGAAAAUCGCCGACCUCGACAACUACUUUGUUUCCAAGAUCGUUGCCGAGGAGGAGAGGCUCUGAGGGCCAAGGUCCACUGAUGGCCAGCCCGUGCUCCGACCCGAUGCCGGUGUUUCCGAAAUGACACCGAGCACCCUGUAACGACAGCCAACUGCAUAUUUCUGGAUGGUGAAUACAUUGGUGUUCGCGCUA